UCUCCUCCAUCAGACUCUGAUGGACAGUCAACAAACCUUGAUGGUUCUGAAUUUUCAAAGGACCCAAUCUUUAGAGUUUGGCGUUGCUGCUUGAUAUUUAAAUCCUACUUCUACCUAGGAAGACUGGAGGAUGCGAUUAUCUCACUGGAGAAGCAAGAAAAACUUCAGUCUCUUACAAAAAAGACUGGAAGCAAAUUUCUAGAGUCCUCAAUACCCCUAGCUUCAGUUGUUCGUGAACUUUUGCAACAUAAGACUGCAGGGAAUGAAGCAUUUCAAUCAGGAAGGCAUGUGGAAGCUGUUGAACACUAUACUGCAGCUUUGUCAUGCAAUGUUGACUCACGUCCUUUUGCUGCAGUUUGCUUCUGCAAUCGUGCUGCUGCACACAAAUUGUUGGGUCAAAUUACUGAUGCUAUUGCAGACUGCAGCCUAGCUAUAGCUCUUGAUGGAAAUUAUCUGAAGGCAAUUUCUAGACGGGCCACUUUGUAUGAGAUGAUUAGAGAUUAUGGACAAGCAGCUAAGGACCUUGAGAGGCUUGUUUCUCUCCUUGAAAAGCUAAUAGAGGAGAAAACCUCCCUCUCUCGUGCAUUUGAUAGAUCAAUGAAUUUGGUAAAUGACCUAAAACAAGCUCGUCUGCGACUGUCAGAGAUUGAAGAAGAAGCCAGAAAGGAUAUUCCCCUGGAUAUGUAUCUUAUUUUGGGUAUUGAACGGUCGGUUUCAGCUUCUGAAAUAAGAAAGGCUUAUCGGAAAGCAGCACUUAGACAUCAUCCAGACAAGGCUGGUCAGUCUUUAGCAGAAAUGAAAGUGAGAUGAUAGAUCUGGAAG